GGAGGAGCAGGAGUUUACGCCAUGUUGGAUUCCCUGAGCUAGAGGAAGAUACCUACAUGUGUCUCCCUUUAGCCAUACCUUUCAGGACGGAGUGAACGUUUGGCAAUCAUCCGUUUGAAGUAGCUGACUGCAUCUUAGGUUUGAAAUCCUCUGGAAUGGCCACGGGAGCUAACGCAACCCCUCUGGGGAAGCUGCAUCCGAGCAUCGGCGCUAAACGGGGAUUUGACGCCGGGCCCGGUGCAGGUUUAAUGGCCCCGCCGGGCGCUCCGGUGUCUUACCCGGGGCUUUCCGGCUUCCAGCAGCCGUCAAUGCCGUCCGCUUCUUUCCCGCAGUUUCCCACAUCCACGGGAACCCCAUCGCAGCCACAGCAAGGAGCCGUGGUGCAGUCCGGAGGCGGCGACUUUGGUCAGAAAAAAGCCCGAAAGAGGAGCCGUUGGAGCAGCGAGACGCCCGAUCAGAAGAUAGUGAUUCCGGGCAUGCCCACUGUCAUUCCCCCCGGGCUCACCCGCGACCAGGAGAAAGCCUAUAUAGUCCAACUGCAGAUCGAAGACCUGACUCGUAAACUGCGUACAGGAGACCUCGGAAUCCCUGUUAACCCUGAGGAAAGGUCCCCCUCCCCGGAGCCCAUCUACAACAGCGAGGGCAAGAGGCUGAACACCCGCGAGUACCGCACCCGCAAGAGGCUGGAGGAGGAGCGGCACGCCCUUAUCACCGAGAUGGUGGGGCUCAACCCCGAGUUCAAGCCCCCGGCCGACUACAAGCCUCCAGCCACCAGGGUCAAUGACAAAGUGAUGAUUCCGCAGGAUGAGUACCCCGAGAUCAACUUUGUGGGCUUGCUCAUUGGACCAAGAGGGAAUACGCUGAAAAACAUCGAGAAGGAGUGCUGUGCGAAGAUCAUGAUCCGCGGGAAGGGCUCGGUGAAGGAGGGCAAGGUGGGCCGCAAGGACGGCCAGAUGCUGCCGGGGGAGGACGAGCCGCUGCACGCCCUGGUGACCGCCAACACCAUGGAGAACGUCAAGAAGGCCGUGGACCAGAUUCGGGGCAUUCUGAAGCAGGGCAUAGAGACCCCAGAGGACCAGAACGACCUGCGCAAGAUGCAGCUGAGGGAGCUGGCCAGGCUGAACGGCACCCUGAGGGAGGACGACAACAGGAUCUUGAGGCCCUGGCAGAACUCGGAGCCCCGCAGCAUCACCAACACCACCCUGUGCACCAAGUGCGGCGGCGCCGGCCACAUCUCCUCCGAUUGCAAGUUCUCCAGCUCUUUCACCCCCAGGGCGGGGGAGCCACAGUCGGCACAGGACAAGGCGCGCAUGGACAAGGAGUACCUGUCCCUCAUGGCGGAGCUGGGCGAAGCUCCCGUCCCGUCCAGCGGGGGGCACUCCAGCAACCCCCCCAGCGGCCCUCGGGGGUCCGGGCCCAACAGCGGCCAGCCCCCUGCGAGUCGCCCACCCUGGAUGAACUCGGGCCCGUCGGAGAACAGGAACUUUCCCAGCAUGCACAGCGGGGGGCCAGGCGGGCCUGGUGGGCACAGCUUCCCGCCUCCCAUGCCACCCAACCCAAACGGCCUGCCGCCCCCCUGGAUGCAGCCACUGCCUCCGCCCAUGGGCCAGGGACCUGGACCACACGGUCCUCCUAUGGGUUUAAUGCCACCCCCUAUGAGCAUGAUGCCCCCGCCUCCACCGCCCCCAAACAGUCAGCCACCCCCACCCCCAGCUGCAACCCUGCCUCCAUGGCAACAGCAGGCCCCCCCUCCCCCUCCUACCAGCGGCAUGGUGACAAGUGCGCCACUGCCAUGGCAACAGAACACCACCACCACCAGCUCCACCCCCGGCUCUGGAAACCUGCCACCCUGGCAGCAGUCAGCAGGGGGCGCCUCGGCUCAGCCCCCACCCCCCAUGGCCACCCCCUCCAUGGUGCCUCCUCCCCCUGGGGUGCAGCCUCCGCUGCCACCUGGAGCCCCGCCUCCCCCGCCGCCCCCACCCCCAGGAUCUGCAGGCAUGAUGUACGCCCCUCCACCCCCUCCCCCGCCCAUGGACCCCUCCAACUAUGUCACCAUGAUGGGCAUGGGGGUGCCGGGCAUGCCCCCCUUCGGAAUGCCCCCAGCGCCCCCUCCUCCACCCCCUCAGAAUUAGACCCCUCCCACAGAUGCCAGGGUUAGAGGUGAUGCCCUCGCCACAUUUUUACAGAGCACGUAAGAAAAAACCUGGACUGACCUUUAAAUCGAGAGCUAAACCUAAACUUGACCGUUUUUUUCUGUUUUCGGACAUCGAUCAGCUGGUUUGUGUUUUAGAACAUUGCUGUUGGAGUGGGUUGCCUAAGAAUGGGAGGCUGGCUGCUUUGUUUUGUGUCCUGGUCACAAUUCGGGUGCUUCCAAUUCAGGCUUCUUCAUAGGCUUUACCGAUCACCCCAACACCUUCAAACAGGACAGCACCAUUAGAGGUAUUGGGUUGCUUACCUCCCCACUCUAUACAUCUACUCCUUAGGCUAAAAGAAUUACAUUCUUAAUCCUGAUGGAGGCAACGACUCCAGCAAUGAAUGGGUUCUUCGGUCAUUGAAUUUCUUAAUCUAAUCUUGUCAGCCUUUUGCAGAUAGCUGCCAUCUGUCGACAUGUUUGCGUAAACUCCAUGGUGAUGAUUCUUUUAAAGUACCUUUUUUUAUGCCAUAUCAGUUGAACACAAUUUCCAAUUCCACUUACCAGCUCAGGACUGAUUUGUGUUGUUUUUUUGUCUGACUUGUAUAUUUCUCACAUAAAGGAUCCGGAAAGCUUUAUUCUGUAUUUAAAGAGGAGGUGAAGUCGACAUGGCCUACAGUUGGGUGUGAUGCUCUUCUCUGUUGUCUGAGAUUUCAGGGCAUUGACAUGAUUGUUACACACAGAAUGCAGGUUGUAGCUCUUCAGUAAGCAUACUUCAUACGAUGUCUGUUAUUGGAAUUUACUCUGCAGGAGGAGCCCUUUUGCCGCAAAUGGGAUGCACUUUUUCAGUUGUACAGGGU